AUGGCUCCGCGUGCAGAAGCAGUACCGAAAGAAAUUGCAGAGGUUCCAAAAAAUGUGCCGACUAGAGGAAUUAAUGCAGUUUUAUUAGGUCCACCUGGUUGCGGUAAGGGUACACAGGCUCCACUAUUGAAAGAACGAUAUUGUGUAUGCCAUCUAUCCACAGGUGAUAUGCUUAGAGCAGAAAUCAAUUCUGGAUCCCCUAUUGGAACGGAAAUUAAAAAAAUAAUGGAUGAGGGUAAAUUAGUCAGUGACGAUCUUGUAGUUAAUAUGAUUGAUAGUAAUCUAGACAAACCUGAAUGUAAACGUGGUUUUUUAUUGGAUGGUUUUCCUAGAAGCGUUCCACAAGCUGAAAAACUUGAUGAAAUGUUGAAAAAGAGACAAACUAAGUUAGAUGCUGUCAUAGAGUUUGGAAUUGAUGAUAAUCUAUUGAUAAAAAGAAUCACAGGGCGUUUAAUACAUCCUGCGAGUGGCAGAUCAUACCAUGAAGAAUUUUCUCCUCCUAAAGAACAUAUGAAAGAUGAUAUUACUGGAGAACCAUUAAUUAAAAGAUCUGAUGAUAAUGCAGAAGCAUUGAAGAAACGAUUAGCAACAUAUCACACACAAACUCAACCUUUGAUUGACUAUUAUGCUUUACAAGGGAUUCAUUAUUAUGUUAAUGCAGCUCAGUCUCCUACAAACGUUUUUAAAGACAUUGAUCGCAUUUUCUUAAAAACCACUAAAGAAGAGAAAAAGAAAGGCCUUUUCAGUUGGCUUUUUUAAAAUGUUGAAUGAAAAAAUGUACCUUGUUUUUCUUUUACAAACAAAGGGCAAUAUCUAGUUAAUGAAAAAAUAGUUUUAAUAUUAAAUACUUUCAGCUAAAUUUAGCAAUCUAGGUAUAUGACUCUUAGUUUAAAAACAAUUUAAGCUACUUUUAAUCAGUACAGUAUGUAUUUUUUGAAUAACUAAUAGAGUAUAUUGAUUGGAAGAGCAAAAGCAAAAGAGAAGAAAAUGAAAGUGAUAUUUCAUAG